CUGCUGAAUCCUGCAGGAGGAAAACCAGUGUCUGACCUGCAGAGCCUGAAGCAUCUCCUGGAGCAGGAGGUGGACUCCGGACCCCAGUACGGCUCGGAGGAGGGGAGGACGGAGGGAAACCCCGUAAAGACCGACAGCUUGGUGUUUGGAGGUCCGGAGGAGAUGUCCUGGAGGUCUGCAGAGCUCAGUAACUCUGCGCUGGAGCGCCUCUUCAAAGACCUUCUGAGGACCAGCAAGCGCUCCUGGAGCCGCUACAAGAAGGGGGGCCUGAGGAGCUGCUUCGGGGUCCGGCUGGACCGGAUCGGCUCCUUCAGCGGACUGGGAUGCUGA